AUGAAGGAAGAAAUAGAACACGAAAGUCAGAGAGACGAUCACAAGAACUACGAUUCUUUCAUCUUGUUUUUACUGAGCCAUGGAACCGAGGGUGUUGUUUAUGGAACGGAUGGCUAUCCAUUGCCCUACGACACAAUUAAAGAUAUACUGAAUAACAGGAAUUGUCCCGGCCUGAGGGGCAAACCGAAAAUGAUAUUUAUUCAGGCUGACCAGGGAAAUAUACUGGACUUCGGGGCACUCCCGGGCGGCCAAACAGUUCAACAACCGCAGCAAGCACCACCUGCAGCAAACCUUGACGAUAAGGUACCCGAUGCGCCACUCGAGAUUCCAAAGCUACCCAUUACACCGACCAUGUCCGAUAUUCUCGAGGUCCAUGCGACUUCACCAGGAGAUCCUAGUGAUCUCCGUUCCAGUAACCUUCAAAGCAGUAUUCCAGAGUUGAAGGGGAGCGAAGUACACAAAUUGUGCUGUGCUGUACUGAUUCCAGCUAGUUAG